AUGGCAACUUUGACCGUGCAGCGCAAGAAGCCGAGUCACUGCUCACGAUCUCCAAGGCUCGGCAUUAACUUUCUGGACACGGCGUGGAUCUACCAGUCGUUUGGCGCUGGUGGCGGCGGCAACUUUACCAACGAAGAGCUGGUGGGCAAGGCAAUCAAGCAGCACGGCCGCGACAAGUUUGUGAUUGCGACCAAGUUUGGGGUAGUUCGCGCCCCGGAUGGGUUGACUACUGUCAACGGGUCCGAAGCCGUGAUUCGAUCGCAGCUCGCCGACUCGCUAGCCCGCCUGGACGUCGACUACAUCGACUUGUAUUACAUGCAUCGCAUGGAUCCUGAGACGCCUAUCGAAGACACCAUUCGCGUGCUCAAGUCACUCGUGGAGGAGGGCAAGAUCAAGUACAUUGGGCUGUCCGAGUGCACCCCCAGCGAACUCCGCCGAGCGCACGCUAUCCACCCCAUCUCUGCCAUCCAAAUGGAGUGGUCCCUGCAGUCCCGCGACUUGGAAGCGCUCGUCGUCCCGGUCGCCCGUGAAUUGGGCGUCGGCAUCGUGGCCUACUCGCCUCUCUGCCGCGGAUUCUUAACCGCAAUCGACACUUUCGACAAGCUUGACGGAGACGACAGUCGCCGCAAGCUGCCUCGGUAUAGUGGCGACAAGUUGGUCCAAAGCAAAGCCAAAGUCGCUAAGUUCUUUGACCUCGCAGCGGCCAAGCACUGCACGCCGGCCCAGCUGGCCCUGGCCUGGGUGCAUGCCCAAGGCCCCGACGUCUUCCCCAUCCCGGGCACCAAGUCCUCUACCCGCAUUGUCGAAAACGCGCAUGCAGUGACGUUCACCCUCACGCAAGACGAAGUGACUACCAUUGCCGCCGCCGCCACAUCAGUCGAAGGCGAUCGGUAUGCUAGCAACAAGCACACGUUUAACGCCCGCCUGGACAAGGCGUAG